AUGCCGAAUACAAGGAAAAAAAUUAUAAAAACCGUAUACAAAGAUGAAAGCAGUGAAAACGAAGGUCAUGAUUUUAGUGAUUCCGGUUCUGAAGCGGUUAUUACUGAUCAAGAAAGUUCUGAUGAAGAAGAAGAGGAGUAUCAUCACUCUUCGGAAGAUGAUUUUCAAACAAAACAACCUAAAGCAAAAGGCAAUAGUAGUGUUGGUAGAGGAAAGAAACCUAAAUUCGCAAAAUCUUUCAUAAACAAAAUAAGUAAACAAGAUAUAGAGAGUAAAGAAAACAUUGACCUGGCACCUGCAUUAUUUUCUAUCAAAGAUCUGACUGAUGCCGAUAAACUUUUACCUUCAGUUCUUAAUCUUUCGGAAAGUGAUAGCAGUGAUGAUGAGUCAUCCAGAGUUGCUACAAAGAAAGAAAAGAAAGCUAUGCCAUCAAAUAUACACUCUGCUGAAGUAAAUGAUUUUGAGAAUGAAGCAGACACUAAAUUUGAAUAUAAAGAUGUAUGGUCAGAAAAUGUACCAGACAAUAGUGAAGAAAUUGCUAAACAGACAUUCUUGGAAUUAGAAAGACAUAAGAGACAAAUAGAGGAAACAAGGUUAUCCAUCCAGAACUACACUAUGAAGAAUGAUAAUAUGAAUGAAUCCGAUGUAAAAGACUUACUUGCACUUGGGGAAGAAGAAAUUAAAGAAAAACCAUUUACUAAACCUAAAAUAAGGAAUAUUAAAGGAGAUAGUGAUUCAGAAAUGGAAGAUUGGGAAGAAGUUAAAGAUGCUAAAGGUAUACCACAACAAGGUUUACAAUUAAUUGUUGGUAUUCCUGAUGGUCUUCAUAGAAAAACUAAAAAGUUAGAUGUUGAAAUGAUGAUGAAAAGAAAAAUGAAUAGAGUUAAAAAAGAAUACCAAGUGUAUAUGCACAAAGUACAUGUCUUGUGUUGGCUUGGACAUGGAAAUUAUGUUAGCCAAAUAUUGAAUGAUCAAGACAUCCUAGCUGCAGCUUUAUCUUUAGUUCCAUCAAAGGAAUGCUACCCAGAAGAUAGAGUUGAUAUGAAAUAUGUUGAGCAAGUAACAACAUGGUACAAAGACAAAGUUACUUUAAAGCAGGAUAAACAUGAAAAUAAGUUCAGACCGAAGGCACCACCGUUAAAAGAGCUUUUAUUGCAACAAAUAAAGAGUAGAACAUUCUCAACUAAGAAAUAUAUUGUUUUUGUAUUUGUAUCUAUGCUGAGAAGUCUUGGGCUGCAAUGUCGUGUUAUGUUUAAUUUUGUGACACUGCCAAUAAGACCACCUUCUUCUGAACUGUGUUCUCUAUCUACAAAACCAAAAGAUAAUAAAGAAGAUGAUAAGGCAAAAGGCAACGGAAAGAAACUACCAUCAAAUAAAGCAUCGAAAACUUCUAAAGUUAAAAAGGAAAAAAUACCACAGCUUGAUGGGAAUUAUGAUAGUUCAUGUGAAAGUGAUAAUAUUAUGCAAGUAGACGGUAAUGAUGACAAUUCGACUGUCAAAACUCGACGACAAAAAAAUUUAACUGCAAAUAAUGCUAAAAAACAAUUAAAAAAUGAGCCUAAUGCCGAAGACGAAAGUGUCUCUCCACCAAAACGAGCAAGAAAGAAUCUCGCAACACAAGAAAAAGUAAACGUUGAAUCGUCUCUAACUAACCAAGAUGAUAUUAAGUCAACCAGAGCAGCAACUAAGAAAAAUGCGCAAAGUUCACGAAAAUCCUUAUCACUCAAAAACCUUCAAAAUCAAAAAGAAGACGAACAGAAAGAAAUUGAGAAAAUUAAUAAAAAAACUGUAAGCGAAAUAGUGAGCCCACGAAAGACUAGAAGUAAAACUGAUAAAAGUACUCUCGACCCACCAAAGUCUCAAUCGACUGUUGCAAAAUCGGGCAAACCAUUAAAGAAAACUAGUGAUGCCCCUAAAAUAAUAGUUACUUCUGAAAAUAAUGAUAACAUCUCAAGCAAGUAUUUUGAAGAUGAUAAUGCAUUUGCUGAAAAGAAACAACCAGGAAAGAAACGCUCACGCACAUCAGAACCGAAAUCAUCUUUAAACAAAGAUAGUGAGCAAAUAAAGAAACAAAGGACUCGCAGUGCUCAUAAUGAUGCUGAAAAUAAAAGUAAAUAUUUUAAUGAUAACAAGGAACAAAUUAAAAAGAUCAGAAGUACUAACAAGUCUGUUGAUAACACACCAGAUGAUAAAAAACGUGUAAGCCAUAAAGAUCUUGCAAAGAAGAAAACAAAAUCAAAGAAUGAUGUAACUGGAGAUCUGGUCAAUAUUAUUAAAGAUAGAGUAAAAGAAGCAAAAGAAGAAGCAAAGAAAGGCAUUGUUAAAGGAAAAAUUAAGCAAGAGUCAGAUGAAGAUAGUGACUAUUUACCAGUUGAGUCACCAAAACGUAAAACUGAAAGCGAUGAAGAUUUUAAACCCACGAAAAUAAGCCCUAAGCCAGUCUCAAAUGUAAAAAAAAUAGAUCGUCGAGUGUUAUCAACAGAUAAUGAACUACCAUUAAAUAAAAUUGAUGUGUGGUGCGAGGUGUAUGCGGAGGAACUGGAAGAGUGGAUUGCUGUUGACGUUAUUAAGGGGAAAGUUCAUUGUGCCAAUGAAAUAUAUAGUCGAGCUACACAUCCAGUUAAUUAUGUUGUAGGUUGGGAUAACAAUAACUAUUUAAAAGAUCUCACUCGUAGAUAUGUUCCACACUGGAACACUGUCACAAGAAAACAGAGAGUGGACACAAUAUGGUGGGAGAAAGCUAUAAAGCCCUGGCUUGGACCUAAAACUGCAAAGGAUAGGGAAGAAGAUGAAAGAUUAGAUCGAAUGCAGUUAGAAGCACCUUUACCUAAAAGUAUUGCAGAGUACAAAAACCAUCCGCUGUACGCGUUAAAGCGCCACCUGUUGAAGUUCGAGGCGCUGUACCCGCCGGGCGCGGCCGCGCUGGGCGUCGUGCGCGGCGAGGCGGUGUACGCGCGCGCCUGCGUGCACGUGUGCCGCUCGCGCGACACCUGGCUCAAGGAGGCCAAGGUCGUCAGGCUCGGGGAACUGCCGUACAAAGUUGUCAAGGCACGCCCUAAAUGGGAUAAGCUAUCAAAUAAAUUAAUAACCGACAAGCCACUUGAAGUAUUUGGUCCAUGGCAAGUGCAAGAUUACGAACCACCUGUUGCUGAAAAUGGAGUAGUUCCAAGAAACCCCUAUGGAAAUGUGGAGUUGUUCAAACAGUGCAUGUUACCUAAAGGAACAGUGCAUAUAAAACUACCCGGCUUAAACAGAAUAGCAAGGAAGUUGAAUAUCGACUGCGCGCCCGCCAUGACCGGCUUCGAGUUCAACGGCGGCUGGUCGCACCCCGUGUACGACGGCUUCGUCGUCUGCGAGGAGUUCGAACAGAUUAUUACCGAAGCUUGGCACGAGGACCAAGACGAACAAGAACGUAAAGAGAUUGAAAAAACUGAAACACGUGUGUAUGGAAAUUGGAGGAGAAUUAUUAGGGGUCUCCUCAUUAAAGAAAGAUUAAAGGCCAAGUAUGGAUUUGAGGAACCGAGCACUUCUCAAAAUAAAAUUAAAACAAAGGGCCCAAGGCUUGUUGUGAAGAAAAAA